AUGCAAACUUCAGCACUGUACUCGAAAUUGAAGACUGACUCAGAUCGUAAGCUGCUCGUUUUGAAGCCCGAAUUGCUAGCAGCUCUUGAAAAAGAUGGAAAACUCGAGUUCAAGGCCUCGAAGCCGGAAGACUCAGUGGUUCUCUGUUCGAAGAACAAGACAUGGCUGUUAAAACAGAAAAACCACUCGAAUACCGUUCUAGUAAUGAAAGAGUUCAUUCCCGAAGAAAUACCAGAGGUUUCGAAAUAUUCGUCUUUCAAGGUGACCGAGCCGUCUUCUUAUCAUUUAGGAUAUGCUAAGCAAAGUAACGAGCUGGAGCCGCGGCUGACCGCAGGGGAAAUUGACAUCAGCCAACUACCGAUAUACACGGGAGAUGCCCAAAGCUUCCAAAUAAUCUCCAAGAGGUCCAACACUGUUCUGUUGACCCUUGAUGAGCUGCGACAAUGCUCACCCUGUUCGCAAGACGAAUUCGCAAUUAAGUGGCCUGUUCUCGGUGGCUGCGUCGUAGAAAAUACAGCAUGCAUCUUAUCCCAUGAAUUUACGUCGAGAGCACUGCACAUAACUCUCAUGAGCUGUAUGGCGGAAUCCCUUGAUUUCGAGGCAUUGGACUUGCCACAGGCCUUUGCGGCUGUCAAUAAAGAUAUGGGUGAGGCUGGAGAGUUCAAUCCAUUUAAUAUGGAGGUGGUUCGCACAAUACUUGGAAAGUUUUGUGUGCUAACUCAGGAGGGCAAAUUUACACUUCAAAGGAAAAGUGUGGGCCAAUGGUAUGGAAUUGAAGCAUUGAGGAAGUUCGCCUCCCGUUCGAUGAUCCCACAAGAAGAAUUCAUGAUUAAAUGGAAAUCCUUGUUCCCGCCUUAUUUCAACUGCGACCUGGACUUUACCACACUACGAGGAAAUUUUUAUCGGCCACUGGGAGCCGGCAUCCAAUACUUCUCCAAAGAAGCGCUCCCCGAUAAUCCUAAGGAUAGGUUUACUUACCUUUUCAAACUUCAGUCAACUUGGGACCUGGAUGAAAUGAGACCAUUUAUUGACCAACUUAAUACCAACAGCUUAAAGAUUGAUAGCUUUGUCAUGAAAUAUGCUAGAAGAAUAAGGCAAGGUAAGCGCACACUUAUAAGUGCACGAUAA